CACGUGUGCCGGUGCGAUGGCGGCGUUCCGGGAGCUCGGGCUCUCGCCGUGGCUGGCGGAGCAGGCGCGGCAGGUCGGGCUCACCCGGCCCACGCCCGUGCAGGCCGCCUGCAUCCCCGCCGUGCUGCAGGGCCGGGACUGCCUGGGCUGCGCCAAGACGGGCAGCGGGAAGACGGCGGCCUUCGUGCUGCCCGUGCUGCAGGCGCUGUCCGAGGACCCCUACGGCAUCUUCUGCCUCGUGCUCACCCCCACCAGGGAGCUGGCGCAGCAGAUCGCGGAGCAGUUCCGAGUGCUGGGGAAGCCCCUGGGCCUCAAGGACUGCGUGGUCGUGGGCGGCCUCGACAUGGUGGCCCAGGCCCUGGAGCUGGCCAGGAAGCCCCACGUGGUGGUGGCCACGCCGGGCCGGCUGGCGGAUCAUCUGCGCAGCUCCAGCACCUUCAGCCUCAGGAAGCUCCGAUUCCUGGUGCUGGACGAGGCUGACCGGCUGCUGGAGCAGGGCUGUGCCGACUUCACUGCCGACCUGGAGCUCAUCCUGGAGAGCGUCCCGGCCCGGCGCCAGACCCUGCUGUUCAGUGCCACCCUCACUGCCACCCUCAGCCAGCUCCGGGGCCUGGCUGCCAACCAGCCCUUCUUCUGGGAGGCCCAGUCUGAGGUGAGGACGGUGGAGGAGCUGGACCAGCGGUACCUGCUGGUGCCUGAGGCAGUGAAAGAUGCCUACCUGGUGCACCUGAUCCAGACAUUCCAGGAUGAGCACGAGGACUGGUCCAUCAUUAUCUUCACUAAGACCUGCAAGGACUGCCAGGUCCUGAACAUGAUGCUCAGGAAGUACAGCUUCCCUUCUGUAGCUCUGCAUUCCAUGAUGAAGCAGAGGCAGCGAUUUGCAGCUUUAGCCAAGUUCAAAUCCAGCAUCUUCAAGAUUCUCAUUGCCACUGACGUUGCUGCCAGAGGGCUGGACAUUCCUGCAGUCCAGGUUGUGAUCAACCACAACACUCCAGGGCUGCCCAAAAUCUACAUCCACCGGGUGGGCCGGACGGCGCGCGCGGGCCGGAAGGGAAUCGCCAUCACCCUGGUGACCCAGUACGACAUCCACCUGGUGCACGCCAUCGAGCAGGAGAUCAAGCUGCAGCUGAAGGAGUUCUCUGUGGAGGAGCAGCAGGUGCUGGACAUCCUCACCCAAGUGAACGUCACCAGGAGGGAGUGUGAAAUCGAGCUGGAGGGAAUGGACUUUGAUGAGAAGAAAGAAAUAAAUAAGAGGAAGCAGAUGAUCCUUGAGGGGAAGGACCCAGACCUGGAGGCCAAAAGAAAGGCAGAGCUGGCCAAGAUCAGGAAGAAGAACAAGGAAUGCCGGGAGAAGGUGCAGCAGACCCUGGAGAGGAGGAAGCAGCUGCGGCUGAGGAGGAAGCUGCAGAAGAAGAUGGAGCGGCGGAAGAAGCGGAAGGUGCCGGAGGAGCAGUGACAUCCCCUGGGCUGCCCUGAUCAUGCUGCUGCUUUGGGAAUAUUGGCAUCUGGCACCUUUUGAUGUGGACACUGCUGACUGGAAUCAGUGCUGGGGAAAAUCCCCAAAUCCCAGAAUGGGUUGGCUUGGAAAGACCUUAAAGAUCAACAAGUCCCCCUCCCCUGCCAUGGGCAGGGACACCUCCCACUAGCCCAGGUUAUUCCAGCCUGGCCUUAGACACUUCCAGGGAUGGGGCAGCCCCAGCUUCUCUGGGAAAUCCAUCCCAGGGCCUCCCCACCCUCACAGGGAGGAGUUUUGUUCUCCUGCACAGUCCUGGCUGGGCCAUUCCUGGCAGGCUGGAUGAGCCCCCUGGGGAAUUUUUUAAGCAGAUCUUUUCCUUCCUCCACCAGAGGAGAGGCCAGACCUGGAUUCUUGGGGACAUAAAAGCUCCUCUGUCUGUCCCCCUUCAUUCAGUCCCUGCUCUCUCCCUUCCCAGGGCUGUGGUUGCCACUCACACUUGUUUGGAUCAACAGAUUCCCCCCUGAGCCAGAGGCUAAAAAUACUGUGACAAAAUGAGCUCAGCCUCUUAUCUGUGCCACAGUCCAGAGUUUUCCAAGAGGAAAAUUCCUGGAGCACGUGUGGGGAGGUUGUGCCUGGGGGGGGCUGAUCCCGGGGUUUUCUUGGAAUGAGCCUGCUUUGUGCAUCCAGUUUAUACUCCUGGCUGUGAAUUUUUUCCUGCCUUGGCUCAGGCUCUGUCUGUGGCCACUGCCCAAAUAAAUAAUUAUUGCAACA